GAAUCUUUAUAACGCGUCGGCGGGGAAUGUGAAGGAAGGCUGAGGCACACGCGCGAAGAUGCUCGUCGUUGUCGUCGCCGUCCAACGCAAACAAAACAACCACACGGAGCGUGACUGAACCUCCGCCCCGCCCCGCCCCGCACAGCCCCACUCUUGCGGGGAAUUGAACGUCUUAUCUCCGCUCGGGACGGCACAACCAGUGGGAUUUUGAGAGAAGUUCGUCGAGUUAGCAGCAGCAGCAGCAGCGAACGAGCCCCGUCCACGAAGCGCGAUGUCUGGCGUUGUGCGAGGCCCGGCGGGGAACAACGACUGCCGAAUCUACGUGGGCAACCUGCCGCCUGACAUCCGCACCAAAGACGUGGAGGAGGUCUUCUACAAGUACGGCACCAUUCGGGACAUCGACCUGAAAAACCGCAGAGGAGGCCCGCCGUUCGCCUUUAUUGAGUUCGAAGACCCGAGGGACGCCGGCGACGCGGUGUACGGCCGGGACGGGUACGACUACGACGGCUACCGGCUGCGCGUCGAGUUCCCCCGGAGCGGCAGGGGCACCAGAGGCGGCAGCUUCGGCGGGGCCGGCGGCGGGGCCGGCGGCGGAGCCCACAGAGGCCGCUACGGCCCCCCGUCCAGACGCUCCGAGUACAGGGUGAUUGUGUCCGAAAAGCGUGGCGUUCUCGCACGCCGUCUUGCGUGUCCAGGGCUCCCUCAGAGCGGCAGCUGGCAGGACCUGAAGGACCACAUGCGCGAGGCGGGCGACGUGUGCUACGCCGACGUGUACCGAGACGGCACCGGCGUCGUCGAGUUUGUGCGCAAGGAAGACAUGACCUAUGCCGUCCGAAAGCUGGACAACUCCAAAUUCCGCUCGCACGAGGGAGAGACGGCGUACGUUCGCGUGAAAUUAGACGGUCCCCGCAGCCCGAGUUACGGACGAUCCCGCUCGCGCAGUCGCGGCAGCCGGAGCAGGAGCCGCAGUCGCAGUCGCAGUCCCAGCCGCAGCCGCAGCCGCAGCGACUCCCGAGGACGCGGACGGGCGUCGCCACGCUACUCGCCGCGACACAGCGGCUCUCGAUCCCGAUCCCGCUCCUAGAAAACCCGGUGGCGUUCCUCCCCUUCCGUCCUGUGAUGUAACUAGGGUUGCCAAAGGGCCGGGGAAUUUCCGGCACACUUCCGGAACCUGUCCAGUGCGCUUCCGUGGGAAGUUGGAGCUGAGGAAUUUGGGAAAGGUAUCGUUAUCGAGCAUAAACGCUAACAUUUUGUCUUGCCCUAAACAGACGACAUCCGUGCAAAAUACACUUAAAAAGCAUUUCCAUGGAUUUGUGAGCAGAACCUUAUCAAUAUUUACAUAUUCUAUUGAAGUCUAAUUGAAGAACAAAAACAAGGUUAAGGUAAAUAUUACUCAAGAGUAACAAACAUCUAGAUUCAUUGAUGAUAAUCAUUUGCAUUUAAUUGAGGGUUAAGGAAGAUAUUCAAUUGUAUUUGCGUGAAAUCCAGUUUUAGUGCUCAAAUUUGUCGGUCGUAUCAAAAAUACGACAGAGCUUCAGCUUGGUCGGUGAUGUUGGAAACGUUUGACGAUGAGCAUCGUCAGCACAUCUUAAUGAUUUGCACGAAUUCGUUUUUAUUCGGAUAAAGAAAAAAAGUUACAAUAUCUUGCCCCAAAUGGUUGUAGCAUUUUUGUUAUUGACAGUUAAUUGCCGUGACCAAUCACGGCAAUUAGCGCCUUGAUUGUAUGAAAACAUCGUCUCCCUCUUCAACAUGAUCGCCAAAGUAAAAACAUUUUAAGAACCCGAGAAGAGAACCAAGCUUCAAUUUGGUCAUUUCCCGCUUUAUUUCCGUUGCUCCGCCCCCAAAUUCCCACGGCGAGUUUGCAACUCUUGAAAAUUCCCGCCGUUUUGCAACCCUAGAUGUAACCCCCAAAACAGUUUUUAAUGGCUCUUUUUUUUUUUUUGUCCUUGUGGUUAAACUUGGUCUGUAGAUGUACGCCCCCUCCUUCUUCCCUCCCUUCUUUUCCUCCUCCCCGUUUUCCCCCUUCUCUCUCCUCCCUCCCAAAAAUGUUGAGCCGCACAAUGUUUUUGUAACUUUUAAGAAAAAAAAAAAGAAAAAAGGCUUCUUAUCAUUGGAUAUUUGGCCAAACCGAGACACCAACGCUUUAACUGUAUUUUACCUUGUGUCUUCCUUUAGACUUCUGAAGAGAAGGAUUAAAGUGAUUGGGAAUAAAAACCAAUUGUGGUGGAGCGCAUUUCAUUUGUAUGGUCAGGAUAGGACAUCAAAUGGAGGCCAUGGUAUGCUUCACAUUCCGUCAAUCACGUCAUUGCUUUGUUGUUGUCGUGCAUGUCAUAGUUUUCAAACGCCUCUCUGGCCUGUAACACAGACACACGCACAAAAAAAAAAAAAAAAAAAAAAGUGUUGUGAUUGCAGUGUAACAUCUUUGAUUUUCAAAUCAGACUUGAUGCAAUGUUAGGGAUUUUUUUUUUUUUUUUUUUUUUUUUGGCUAUCCUGCUCUUUCUGGCAUUUUUUUGUUUUUUUGUUUUUGCCUUGCCCCCAAUUUUGUGUACGUUCUGUUCUAACGGUCUGCCUCUGAUUUUCUUCCUGGUAUUUCAAGGUUUUGAUUGGAGAGGAGUGGCUCAGUGGAUCGCAAUCCUUUGGAGCUGGAUCGAUUUUUAGGAAAGGGAUUAUAGGCAAGGAUGGAUGCACGGGAACGGGAUCAGUUUUCCAGGAUUUCCCAACAAAAUUCUCAGAACUAAUUAACGGGGGACCUCCCGGAGCAACUUUUUUUUUUUCUUUAUUUUUAUUUUGAAAUAGCCUGCCACCUGCCUCUCUUUCAUAAAAUUUUUUCAGUGAUAAUGGCGAGAAAAUUGACGAGAGAAAAACAGAGGACCAGGAAGUUGGAUCAAAGGAUGGAAUCGUAGAUGCCUGGUAUGAGGGGAAUCCAAAUCAAAAUUUGGGGAGGGUUUCAUACGGGGGAGUUAGUUUCAAUGUUGACUUCUUUGCAUAAUCUAACCUUUUUUUUCUUCUAGCGUUUUCAAUAAAACACCUGAAAAAGAUC